AUGGCAGAAGCAUAUCUAAACUACACAACCACAAUGGACAAUGAAGGUGAUGAGUCAUCGCAAAAGUAUAUUUCAUUUUUGGAAAAUGAUGAGUGUCGUAUUUUCAGUGAUUUUGACAUGAACUCUGUUGUAAAAGAAUUGGAGGUCGAUGGUCCAGUGGAUCCUGCAGAAUUGUCAUGGAAAGAAAGCAUCACUACCAUUCUAAGCAAUUUUUCAUCUUUGGAAGUGAACGCUGGCUUCGACAUGACAAGUCUCACACAACAUACUUCUCCUCAGAAACCAAAGUCUUGUAUUCUGUCCUUUGAGGAUUCCACUUCAGUGCCAAUUGAUGCCAACAAAACAUGCCAUGAACAUGCAAAGCAAACACAAGAAAAAAAGCCACACAAUAGAAAACCCCUCAAGAGGAAAAGAACCCCUUCUAAGACAUAUGAUCACAUAAUGGCUGAGAGAAAAAGAGAGAGAAUAUGA